UUUCCUGCUGAUCUCUCUCUCUACUGAAGACUGAAACACUAAACCAAGAACUGCAGAAUAAAUAUUUUUAGAGGAAAAUGACGACUUCAAAUUUGGAAGUUCCUUUGCAAGUUCCCACCUUUCAUCAUACCCCUUAUUAUUGUGAGGAAAACGUCUACCUGCUAUGCAAAAAGCUAUGUGAUGAUGGGCUGGCAAAUACCGAUGGUUCUGAUCUGUUUAUUAUUUUCAUUUCCAAUGAGAAGAAACAGAUUCCUCUGUGGCAUCAGAAGGCUAGCCAGCGAGCAGAGGGAGUUAUUCUGUGGGACUAUCACGUCAUCUGUGUACAGAAAAAGGGAAAUGGGAACUCUUCAUCGCUAGUGUGGGAUUUAGAUUCAAGCCUUCCGAUUCCAUCUCCUCUUGGCUCCUAUGUUGCUGAGAGCAUUCGUCCAUCAAUUCAAAUAUUUUCAGAAUUCAAAAGGUUCUUUCGAGUCGUGCAUACCCCUAUAUUUCUCCGACACUUUGCAUCUGAUAGAAGACAUAUGAAGGAUUCUGCUGGAAAUUGGAUUGCUGAACCGCCAUUGCACGAAGCUAUUGUUGCUGAAGAUGGAACCAUACACAACCUGAACGAGUACAUUACAGUCUCUCCAGACGAUGUUGUGAAAAAUGUCGGAGCUGAUAAUGUCAAUGUUGUUUUCUCUGAAAAACUUGGCGUUGUAGUUGGUGAAAAUGAUUUGAUGGAAUUUUUCUCUUUGAUUCCUAGUGGGGAGUUGAACAAUGUACUAGCUGAAAGUUGAAUUCAUGCUCUAGGAUGUUUACAUUUCUAAAAAAACAGAAAAAGAAGUGUCUUGUGGAAAUUUUGCAGAUAGAGGCUGCUGUGGAUUCCUCUCGAGCUGAGGGUCAUUCGGAAGGUGUGCAUACACAUUACCUUCCCCAGAUCCCACUUGUGGGAUUCCACUGGGUUGUUGUUGUUAGGCUCGUGUAGACAUCUAUCUUACCAGAUCAAAAAAAGAGCUGGUGUGGGUCAAUUCUUGUUUUACCAUGUUUUACCAAGUCUUUUUGGGGGUGAUAUUUUAUUUUGUACAACUUGUGUAGACAUUUUCUGGUGUUGGUGAACAUGGUUGAAGGAGGUCAUACCCUAUUGUGCAGUGAUUUCUUCUAAAUACUACAUUCACAUGACUUAUUAGAAA